CAAUCGCGUGCUGAAGCCUGCACUUUUUCUAGUGCGACCAGCCAAACCAACUCAGCUGCAGCUGUAAUUAAAAUUUAAAUUGCUUCGAGCUCGACAACUAACAGACUGCAGAUAAAUAGACAGUCGUCGUCAUGUGGAAUCAACGGAAAGUACACGCCUGCCUGCUGCUCUCCAUAGUGGCCAGCAAUUGUCUGCUGAUGACCUACGCAUUCCCGCAGCAGGAGGUCUAUCAACGGCAGCACCAGGUGACCCAGUCACCUGUCUACCGGGAUGAGAGUGUGGCCAGGAAGUUUGCGGUGAAGCCGAAUGCCUCGAAGAAGGUGGCUCUGGACGACAUCGAGGAUGACUUGGAGACCAAUCAGAUCCAGGAGAGCGUGGGAGGACCCGGCGGUUUCACCUGGUCCAACAUGCUGUCCACCGUGAUGACCAUGUUCUUCAACGGCGCCGUUAACGCACCAACCAAGUCCGACGAUGUGGACAGUUCCAUUGGCUUGGGCGGCAGCCCCUGGGCGAAUGUCAUCUCCAUGGGUCUUCGCAUCAUCAACACCUUGCUGGGCGGCGGAGCCCCUAGCGAUGGCAUCGAUAAGGUCGACAACGGUGGAUCUCCCAUGCAGGGCAUAUUGGUGGCUGUGAUGUCUGCCGUUUUAGGCUCCAGAGACCCCGACCAAGUCAACUCGAUGGCCAAGCAAGCUGGCGAGUUCAUUCAGAUCGUGAUGAACCUGCUGGACGCCCUGAAGACCUCCUUCUCGCACCGCUCCCUGACCGCCCGCUCCAUGGGCAAGCGGGACUCGGUGAGCGACGCCGUCGUCGCCGGAAUCUCGCUGAUGAAGGGCUACGUCCGCACCUACCGCACCUCGGAGGACAAGUGCACGCAGCGCUACAUGUGCGACGCCAACACGGAGUGCGUCCGCGAGAUCGGCGGCAGCAGCAUCUUCUGCCAGCUGGGAUCCUAUGCCACCAGCUACGUCGUAGGCCGCACCAGUGGCAGCAACUUCGAGGAGCUGUACGACGCCGGACGCAGAGGUCGCUCCGGAUUCGACUGUCGCCAGAUUUAUCUGGAGUGCAACGAGGUCUAG